AUGGAUACGGAUUCAAAUAACAUGAAGCAGAAUCCUCAGGAAACUGCGAAUUUCUUCAGCCAGAUUUUUUUCUGGUGGACGAAGGAAUUACUUACGAAUAGCAUGAAAAGAGAUUUGGAGGAAUCGGAUAUUUAUCGGCCUUUAAAAGCAGACCGUUCUGAAAAAGUGACAGAUCAUCUAGAAAAAUGUUGGAAUCGCGAGUUAGCAAAGCUAAAGAAAGUGGAAUACACUGUGGGCAAGGACGGGCAGAAAGUUCUGCUGAAGAAGAACUACCGACCGAGGUUGUACAAGGCGAUUUUUUGCGCUUUCUGGUUACCGUAUUUCAUAGCUGGAAUUUUCUUGACCAUCCAGGUCGUCAUACUGCGCGUGAUGCAGCCAAUUCUGCAGGGCUGGAUUAUCAAGUAUUUCAACGGCAAGCCUGGCGCGCCGGACAGCGUCAACAGAGACGAAGCAUUGAUCUAUACUAUCUGCCUGGUUUUAUCUUUGGCCAUCACUGUUAUAAUUAUGCAUAAUAUGUAUUUAAUGACACAGCAGAUCGGAAUGAGGGUACGCGUUGCUUGUAGCUCGCUGAUUUACAGAAAGCUGCUACGGCUGAGCAAAACGUCCCUGAGCCAAACCGGCACCGGACAGGUAAUCAACCUCCUCAGUAAUGACGUCCUCCGUUUUGAUCAAUUAUCCUUAUUUUUGAACUUCAUGUGGAUCAUGCCCAUUCAGGUUGUGACCGUGACAUACAUAAUGUGGCAGAAGAUCGGCAUCUCGACUUUCGUUGGUAUCGGGUCGCUGUUGAUCAUCACUCUACCAAUUCAGGGAACUUUCAGUCUCUUAAGUCGCAGUAUCAGAGCCAAGAUUGCACCGCUUACCGAUCGUAGAGUGCAGUUGAUGAGUGAGCUCAUAGCUGGGAUACAGGUGGUGAAGAUGUACGCCUGGGAGAAACCGUUCAGCAAAAUCGUCUCAAUCACGAGAAUAUCGGAGAUUGACAAAAUCAAGUUUUCGUCUUAUGUACGCGCUGCGUACUUGGCCAUCAUAGUGUUCACCGAGAGACUCAUCCUUUACUUCACCCUAUUAAUGUAUGUUCUUACGGGAAACCAUUUGUCCGCCGAUGUGACUUACGUUUUGGCGAGUUACUUCAAUAUUCUUCAGCUCACUACCGCGCUAUUCUUUCCGCAAGCGUUGAUAUUGUUGGGCGAAACAAUGGUGUCUAUAAAUAGACUGGAGAAAUUCCUUCUAAUGGACGAGGUAAAUAUGGAACGUCCUGCGAUCACAUCACGACCACAAUCUGCGUCUACUAAAUCAUCCAAAAAAAGCGCUAAAGAAAAUCGAAAGCGCGACAGCUUCGUCAACAAUGGAAUUUCUCAUCCCACUUUUGAAAUAUUACCUGAGCGUGCAGUUUGCGUAGAACUUCAACGCGUGUCUGCCAACUGGAUCAACGGCCAACUACCGCCGACAUUGUGCAACAUCUCCACUACGAUCAAACCAGGCGAGUUAUGCGCUGUGGUGGGUGCUGUGGGUUCUGGCAAGUCGUCCAUGCUCCAUUUACUUCUGAGAGAAUUGAAUCCUGGCGCGGGUAACGUGAUUCUCACUCAGGGCUUGAAAAGCAUCGAGAGCGAAUUCAGAAACGGUUACAUAGUGGACAACCCGAACUUACGUAUUUCCUAUGCCAGUCAGGAAGCUUGGCUCUUUGGCGGCACCGUGAAGGACAACAUCUUGUUUGGACAACCUUAUGAUAAAACGAGAUAUACGCAGGUGACGAACGUGUGUGCUUUGACGAAAGACUUUCGGCAAUUGCCGCAGGGCGACAUGACGAUAGUUGGAGAAAGAGGUGUGUCUUUGUCUGGAGGCCAAAGGGCGCGAGUCAAUCUCGCAAGAGCGGUUUACAGACAAGCGGAUCUCUAUUUGCUGGACGACCCUUUGAGCGCGGUGGACACUCACGUCGCCAAACAUCUCUAUAAGAGGUGCAUUGUCGAGUAUCUAACCGGCAAAACGAGGAUUCUCGUCACUCAUCAGCUACAGUUCCUCAGACGAGCCGAACAUGUCAUUGUAUUAGAUCGAGGUUUUAUUAAGAUGCAAGGGAACUAUAAUGAAUUAGUGGCAUCGAACAAAGAUUUCAUUGAGAUGAUGAAUAGCUUGAACCACGAGGCGCAAAAGAAGGAAGACGACGCGAGGAAAAUCUCAGAGAUGUCCAAUAGAAAAAUCUCAAUAAUGAGACGUCCUUCAGGGUUGUCGAUCACAAGUUCCAUCGCGUAUUCCGAGAUCGAAGACAUGCAGUACGAGAACAGUUUGGAAGGCGAGGAGAUGGCUCACGGCUACCUGUCCGCCAAGGUGUACAAGGAAUAUUUCCACCACGGCGGCAACAGCUUCAUGUUAUUUAUCCUGCUUAUGUGCUUCAUCGUCAGUCAAGUUGCCACCAGCGGCAACGACUUCUGGGUCUCAUAUUGGACCAACCUGGAGGAGGAACGGAACAGCGAAGGUACCCCCGAUGCUGAUCGUGUGAGCCACGAAUUCAGACAAAUGCACAAUGAUACCUUUCUCGGCUUGAUCUUCAAAUUGGAUCCGGACGGCCUGCUCAGUACUAAGUCCGCCAUCUACGUUUACACGUUCACCAUCUUCUCCUGCACGAUCAUCACGUUACUCCGCAGCUUCCUCUAUAUGAAGAUUUGCAUGAACUCCAGCUGUAAUCUUCACAACACCAUGUUCACUAAUUUAGUGCAGGCUCGUAUGUUUUUCUUCAACAACAAUCCCACUGGGAGGAUCUUAAACAGAUUCUCGAAAGACGUCGGAACAAUGGACGAGAUGUUGCCCAAAAUAAUGUUAGAAGCAAUUCAACUGAUCUCCGUAAUGGGCGGUAUACUUAUUAUGGAGGCGAUAAUCAAUUAUUGGAUGCUGAUACCGAUCGCCUUACUCGCUAUUGUAUUUAUGUUAGUUACGAAAAUAUAUCUCCGCACCGCUCAAGAUGUCAAACGUCUCGAAGGCAUAACUAAGAGUCCGCUGUUCUCCCACGUGAAUUCCACACUAAACGGUCUACCGACGAUCAGAAGUAACGGUGUUGAUACUGAAUUGAUGAUGCAGAAACAAUUCGACUCGUUGCAGGAUUACCAUAGCGGCGCAUGGUACCUUGUUAUAGCCAUUGCAUCGAUUUUUGGACUCGUGCUAGACUUGUUCACAUGUUUGUUCAUUGCUUGUAUCUGCUUUUCUUUCAUAGCACUAAAUGGUCGUGGCGGCGUACUCAGUGGUGAUGUAGGUCUGGCGAUCUCACAGUCGUUAAUUCUGACUGGUGGUCUGCAAUACGGUAUAAAACAGCUCGCUGAAACAAUCUCGCUGAUGACAUCUGUGGAGAGGAUUCUUCAAUAUACGAAUCUACCUACGGAAAAAUUAAUCGUCCCGAAAGAUCCUCCGCCACCUACAUGGCCGGCUAACGGAAGACUCACCUUCAAAAAUGUCAGCAUGAAAUAUGACAAGGAUAAUCCACCCAUCUUGAAGAAUUUGAACGUGUCCAUCGAAUCUGGCUGGAAGGUUGGUGUGGUAGGACGAACCGGCGCUGGUAAAUCGUCCUUGAUAUCCGCGAUCUUUCGUUUGUUCGACGAAGGUUUAGAAGGCGAGAUCAAGAUCGACGACAGGGAGACGAGCACGGUGGCCUUGACGGAACUACGUUCCAAAAUUUCCAUCAUACCGCAAGAGCCGGUGCUCUUUUCCGAAAGUUUGCGUUACAACCUGGAUCCGUUCAAUCAAUAUGAAGACGUACUACUCUGGGAUGUGCUUCGACAGGUCGAGCUGAAUGACAUCUCACUGGACCAAAAUGUUCUUCACGGCGGCCACAACUUUAGUGUAGGUCAAAGGCAACUCAUAUGUUUGGCCAGAGCCAUCCUGAGAAACAAUCGUUUGCUCGUUCUUGAUGAGGCAACCGCCAAUAUUGAUUCGCACACCGAUUCCCUGAUACAAAACACGAUAAGAACCAGCUUUAAAGAAUGCACUGUUAUCACGAUAGCACAUCGUUUGAACACUAUUAUAGAUAGUGACCGGAUUAUAGUAAUGGAAAAUGGCCGUAUAGUGGAAUUUGGUUGCCCAUAUGAGUUGUUACGCGACAAACCGGAUGGUUAUUUCUUACAAAUGGUGCAAAAUACAGGCAAUCAAAUGGCUACGAGUCUUCAUGAGCAGGCCGAAGAGGCUUGUCGGAAGAACGACAAUCAUCGAAAUUUAGAUUUAUCAAGACGAAGUUCCAACGAGAUUGAUGACAAAAUUGAGAUCACGGAACAGUCCGCCUUAUAGAUUCAUCCUCGUAAACAAUAAACGUAAAAAAAUGUAAUAUCGAAACGUUUUUAUAUAAAAAAUACGUUCGCACAAAAAUUUAUACUGGAAAUAUUGGAAAUAGAGAAAUGUUGUGAAUAACAAUAAAACAUUCGACAUAAAUAGUUAGAGCCAUCACGUAUGGAUAAUGAUGAUAACAACGAGGGAAAAAUUGUGGAAAAAUCACGAAUUGUGGAAAUGCAUUGUUAUAUGUGCGUGUGCUAAUCUCUCAAAGUGAUAUUUUUUCUUCCUCGUUUUUAUUUAUUAGCCAAAGAUUUUUACGCAAACAUAUAAAUGUCAAUUGUAACACGAACGUUGAAUUAAUUGUAAGUGAAUUUUAAUAAUGCACAGGUUUUAGUAAUUGUACUUGAAUAAAAUUAUA